UGAAGAAAACUUUCUCGGUGAACUUACAAUCCCAUCAUCUUGGUGGCCUUCGUUUACCGCCAAGGUUGGAAAACAACCAAAACCAACAGUUAGAGUUUUCUUCUCAAUCCUUCAUUCCUGCUCCGGGGACAUUCAGGAGGGACCUAGAGCAAGCAGAGAACUUGGCACCGUUUUACUUAGCACUGGUCAGGCGGGCUACAGACAAAUAGCAGAGGAUGAGAUACUCCACCUUCUGGUUCCACAGACUCCGGUUUAUCCGGGAUCUAAACUUUUUGUCCCGGUCUUUAUAGAACAACCCCGACCCGAGGGAACCAGGGAGGGGCGUUCCUCCGGAUCAGGAGGGCGUUCCUCCGGGCCAAGUGGGCGUUCCACCGGACCAAGUGGGCUAGUGGGCGUGGUGGUGGUUAGAGCUGAGGCUAAAAAGGGAGUUCGAAUACUGGGUGUUGAGGAGGCAUCAAAAGAUUGGAAUAUUAGGGUUGAAGUGAACCCUAGAGGAAGUGUUGCAACAGUUACUGCAUUUAGACGGGACACCAGCCGAGAAUACAAGGAUGUUGGACCUGUUGAGAUAUUUAAUAUCUUGUAUGGUAUAGAGAAUACAGAUGAACAGGUCUGGAAGGGUUGUAAGCUAUCCUGGCAGGUUAGAUACCAGGUUGGCGGAGGGGCGGAGGAUAACGAGGCGGAUAAUACUCUCCUUGGUCCUAGACUCCGCCACAAAAUACAUGUCCAUAAAGACGAGGUCCAGGCGGUUCUACCAAUAUCAAAGAGUUUGGAGUUGGUGAAUACAGCUGUGCUGACCGGACGGCAGGUAUCAGCUGCCCUGAAGGUUCUACUGGUAACGCAGGCCGGAAGUAUUGCGGAUGUUACCCUGCACACUUCCUGUUUAUCAAAUGAUGAUUCUGCUCUCAAGGUUUCCUCAAGCUGUACUUCUGUCUACCUGGAUGGAUCUGAGACCAGGGGGGCUUUAGGAGCCAGGAUACAGGUGAAGUACGGUACAUACAGUGGUACAGCUGAGUUUACAGUUUGGAUGCCUGAGCUGCCGGUCAUUCUUGAUAUACCUGACACACAGCUGGGUCUAGUAGAAGGAUGGAGAGUGCCUGAAAGAACCUUCCAUAAAAGAUCAACUGCUGGGGAGGAGGAGGAGGAGAAGGAGGAGGUAGAUGCAGGAGGGAGUGGAUGGAAAGAGGAGGAGAAGGAUGUAUGGAAGGAGGAUAUGGAACUACUGGAGUAUAUUGAAGGACCGGAUAAGGAAGAAAUAUUCGAAACUGGGAGAAAUCAGGAGGAAGUACAGAAACCACGUGAAAACCGUGGACUUCAGGAAAUCCGCAAUCACAAGUCCGAAGAACGAACUGCAAGGGCGGAAGAUAGAAAACAUCUUCUUGAUGAAACCCGUAGAAUAAAGGCUGAAGAGGAAAGAAAGUUCAAGGCGGAGGAUGAUCUAGCGUCCAAGGCGGAAGAAGAAUGGAAGCUGAUGACAGAAGAUGAUAUGGCGGCGGAGUCUGGGCGAAAGAUUAAAGUUGGAGGCUGUGCAAACCGGUUUCAGCAAACUAAAAUCAAAGUUUUCGCAAGGUUUACAGCCGAGGAUCCGGACUCAGGGCGGAGAGAAUAUUUUGUGUCACGUGGUUCCCAGCUUGACGUUACAGAGCUUACGAAGAAGGGAAUCCGUGUUCAGGACUCACGUGUUCUAAACAUACGCGGCACUGUACUCAGGGGAGUCAGCGUAGGUCGCACUGAAGUUCAGAUGGUUUCUCCGGUAUCAGGCCGUGUGAUUGGGAGCAGUGAGGUUCGGGUUGUUCGGAGCAAGGAGAAGAUUUCAGGGUUACGCGUCCGGUCUGUUACAGGGGUCAACCUAGCCCUGGAGCAGGAGACAAACCCAACCCUAUACACUGUACAUACGCAUGUACAGGAAUCACUCAUGGCUAAAUAUCAGGAGGGAUUGCUGGCUGUAGAUAUUCUAUUCUCAGACGGUACCUUUACAUCACUCAGGGAUGUUGAGGAGGAAGAAUACUACCUGGCUGUGGAGAGUAAAGAUACAGAUGUUGUUGUCUUUGCUCCAGCAGUUGGUUCUACUCUCCCCAGGGUUGUAGCUGUGGGUUCAGGUUCUGGUGAUCUUCUCACAGUUUCACUUGAACUACCAGAUCAAUGCCAUACCAAGCUGGAAACCCCGCUGGCCUCCACCCCCGUCUCUCUCACGAUCUCUCUGUUCAACCCCCAGGAUGGAUGGAAGGGGGACAGGAAGAAAGAGAAGAGGAGGAAGAAGGAGAGAAAGCUGAAUGGAACUAUUAAGUCUGUAGAUAUGGGGGAUAUUAGUGAAAUUCUCUCCAAUAUUGCACUUCGGGACGAUAAUACUCGGAGCAGGUUGGAUUCAUCUCCGUACCUUCCUAGAGACUCUUCCAUGGAUGGGUACGCACACGAAGCGACUACUCUGGAGAUUGGAAUGUAUAUACUGCUUGGGGUCUUCUGUAUUGCUAUCACAGUAUUCAUGGCAUCAUGCUUCGUGUAUGCAUCAAAACAUCAACAGGAGACUUAUUUGCAUCCACGCAGUAGAAGUGUUCAGAAUGCACAUGAUUGGGUCUGGUUAGGAAGAUCAGAUGGCCGGCAGACCCUAGAUAAAUCAUCUGUUGGAACCAGCGCAUCCAAAGACAUGCUCAGCAGUUCAAUGAGGAGUGGUGAGUCUCACCAGUACAGAAGAAAAAUGAAUAUCAUUCCCAACCCACGUGCAGAACUUGGAUAUUCUCCCAGGAACAGGAUUGGUGUAUCCGGACCCGAAUCUUCCAUUGGAUAUCUCGGGAUGGGACUUGAACCUUCAGUUGGAUAUCCCAUGAUGGAAUUUAAUUCAGGAUUAAGAAUAAAUCCCCUUGAAACUGAUUCUCAGGGAAGACUGAGAAAGGAUUUAAACCCUGAACUCUACGCGGAGUUACCACGGAGAAAUAUAAAUCCCAAACCAAAGAAAAAUAAAAUUCGGAGUAAGCCUAAGCCUGAAUCCAGCUCCGGGGUUCGGACGGAGGUAUCCUCUUUUACUCCAAUGGUUCAAAGAGAAGGGUUGUCUCCAACAGCUAGUGUGCAUAGCAAGGGUUCCGAGCAGAGCAGUUCAAGACCCUCAAUUAAUUCUGCAACCUAUACCAGACAUAGACCUAUCCAACCUAGUCAGGGAGAUAUUCUUCCAGUCGGAUUCCCCAUUUAUGGUGACAGGGGAAACUGGCAAGAUGGAGUCGGGUUAGAUUUGGAGGAAACUGGCAAUUGGCAGGAACGGCAACAUGAAAACUGGCAGGGAAGGCAACGAGGAAACUGGCAAGAAGAGGAUAGUAGAAACUGGCAUAAUGAAGCCAGAGGGGAGUGGCAGGAAAAGGGAAGAUGGCAGGAAAGAGACAGGAACAACAGGCAAGCAGAAGAGGAUAGGCAUGAAGAAGAUGGAGGCAACUGGCAGGAAGAAUUCUCCAAUGAGUUCUGGAGAACAGAAACCCAGGGGUUUCAAAAUCCUUGGGAAGCCCUGCAUGCCCUGGGGACAUACACAGGAAAUAAUGUCCAGGUUGAUGGUCGAGGUAGAGGAAUGGAAAAAGGAGCAGAUGAAUUAGAUCUUCAUCUAGAUCUGAACAAGGAGCAUGAUUUGGAUCAACCUCCUCCCUACUCGCUUCUCAACAGACAAUCACCUGCUAGCGCCCUCCCACCCCUUGCCACACCCACAAGAAACACCCAGUGGAGUCCCAGUCGGGAAUAUGUUCCGAUAAAUCCAGAAAUAAAUCGGCGGACCCCACCGCGGUACGGAUCGCUAAAACGAGUCAAAGAUCCGUUUAAUUUACCGUUCUCAGAAUCCCCAGCGGUUCCCGCUCAACUACUUAGUCCUAAUCAUGUUUUCCAAAACCUUGAAUACCUUCAGAAUGCAAUAGCUGAUACCACAGAAGAGUCUGAACAAUCUGUCGCCGAAGACGGAAGUUCAAUAUGCUCGGCAGACUCUGGCGAGUUGGGUCGGAUUGACGAAUUACCAGAACCUCCCCUUGAACAUAAUUCUCCCAACAAAACAUACUCAAAAGUUCAAAAAUCCACGACAAAGAAAGAACCGGUUCAAGACAGUAUGCCAUUGCCUGAGAAUCCAACAGAUUUAAACGAGGUUCCCAUAGGAUCCCUGGACUACGACCAGCUGAUGGACUACUUCCAGGGACUUAGGGAAUCUGCAGCCUGACAUUAAUUCUUUAUUGAAGGUCCCCCCCCCCUCCCUCUCAAACAACCCCUGUUUUAGAGAGAUAAGUCCCUAUCCUAUUGUCUGAGACAUCUUUCUAUGUUCUCACCAAAACUAAUUCUUAUUCCUUUUCCCAGUUAAAGUUUAUUCAAUAUGUAAAUAUACUUAGAAUGCCUUACAAAAGCGGGAGUGCAUGCCUAAAAUUUGAAUCUUGUUUGUGAAGGAACGCAUACUUGAAAUAUCAACUGUUAAUUUACGUAAAUUGUAAUAUAUGUACAUACAUACAUUAUUGUUAUUAUAUAUAGUUCAAAAUUACUAUAGCAAUCCAAUAUUCCUCACAAAUACUUAAAACUCUAAAUUUAAUUUACGCUAUUUUCCAGAUAUUUGCUAGUUCAGCAGAUUAUUGUAUUAAAUCAUCUUUUCCAAUCUUCACAUUAUGUAUAAUUUAAUGAAACUAAAACUUAACUCACAUCAAUUAUAUGUAAACUAUUUAUCAAUGUGACCCAUUGCAUAUUUACACAUUAAUGUAAAAAGUCAAUAUUUCUUGAUGGCCUCAGUUCUUAGUUUAUGAUUUCAAACUGAAACUUAAAUUAGGAAAGCUGUGCUUUUUUCUUUUGGAGUAAUUUUGAUUGAUUUAUAUUUUAACUCCAGCUUAUUUGUCAGAAAUUUAAAUACUCGUGAUAUAUAAUCCAUAUCUUUUCUUAUACAUUGCUUAGCUGUUGAGGUCCAAUAGGGGUAAUAAAUGCCCACCCCCCCUGGCAGGAGCUAUUCAAGUUUCUUUAUUGCACAAGGUUCAUAAAUAAUGAAUAUCCCUACACCGCCAUUAAUUCUUUUUCUUUUAGUUUUCCUAAAUGCUUAUUUUAAUUCUAAGGAAAAACUUUACUGGAAUACAAGGACUUUUUCUUCAUUAAAUAUCAUCUCAAGGGUUUUAUAAGUUUCUUUCUUGGGCCAAUAUUUACCAGGAAUUAUAAACCUUUAGAAAUAUGUAUUUCGUCCUUAUUUUAAUACUCUGCAUUGGCUUAUUAAACUAUAUCAUGUAAACUGCACCAUUAUCUAAAAUAGCCGUCAACAAGUCUUUAAAAAAAUGGAUCGAUUAUUUUUUUUCUUAAAAAAAUCGGAUAAUUGUCUUUAAUUUGUCCCAUUAGUGCAACAUAUAGGACAUAAAUUUAAAACAAGGGUAUUUAGCUUUAAACCUCCCAAGGGAAUGAGAGACUAAAGGGGACCAGGAAAUUGUCCUUUUUUAUAAUAAAUUGAUCCAUUAUUCUUUAACUCUUUUUCCAAUUUGCUUUGAGGUAAAUUUUUACUAUACUUCUACAAUUCCUUUACUUCUGCUUUAAUUUAAUUUAUUUCAAAACAUAACGACAAUAUCUAAAUUCGUUUAACCAGAUAUGAAAUUUAAAGAAUUUGAGUCGCGGUUUAAAUCUGCCAAAACCCGGUUUUAACUAAGAGCCGGCUUAAAUCUGGAAACAUUUGAUACAAUUUUAAGUGGAACCAACCAUAUUUACCGCCGCUCAAAUUCUUUAAAUUCGGCCACAGGAAAGAUUUCAAUACUUAAGCUGCAAACACAAGUAGUAAAAUUGAGUAGAAAUUUUAAAAUUACAUUUUUACUUUACUCUGCAAUUUCUGGGUCUUAUUCUAUUCUUAUUCUUAACUCAACCUAUAGAAGAAAAACACGGAUUCGUAAUUAUGGAAUAAUUAAAAAAUGUUUGAAUUUAUUGUUGUAAUUUUCACAUUUUGUUGCAAUACGAAUGAUGCGAUAAUUUUUUAACCCUCAAAACAAUCCAUUUUAAUUUCGUACCUUAAAAUUUGACAAAAUGCUACUUUUUAAUCUCAUGAUCUCAAUUGUCUUAAAUGCAAAAUUAAUCUGUACUUAAGCAUAAGAUUUUAACGUACAUUUCAUAAACUACAAUUAUAUUGUUAAAUUCUUGAUUCAUGUUGUUUAAAAUGUAUUAUUAUCUUGUUAUGUUGCUCCUAAUAUUAAAUUUUGCUUUCUCCCGGUAAAAUCUAUUGGUGAAUUCUGAACAAAUUAUAAUUUUUAAAGCCAAAGAUUUUUCUUUCAAAUUCAGAACCACCUUAAAGGCAUGGUACAAUAAGCUUUGCUUGCACACAAAAUUUCGGGAAAUUCCGAAAAAAAGUAACUAAGUCAUUUUUUAAACAAACUUUUAAAUUAAGUAAAUUCAUAAAACAAAUAAAAUAUUUUUUCUUUAGCACUUAUCCACAAUCGUUUGCAGUAUUGACAUAAAAGAGCCUUAGCUCUUUGGUUCAGCAAUUAUGUGCAAUAUUUUUGUAAAAAAGAUAAAAAGUUUUGCUUUCUCAUCUUAAAAUGACAAAUCGUGUGCAUGGUUAUUGAUUUGUACCCCAAUCAUCUUUAAAUUGUUUUAAUUCCUAUUUGUAUUUAAGAGAAUAUAUAUCACUAUUUAUA